AUGGGCCGGUGGCGGGGCCGGGCGCGGGGCGUCGCGGUGGCGGUGGCGCACGGUCUGUGCUCGGGGUCCCUGAACAUCCUGCUGAAGUUCCUGCUGGCCCGCUACCACUUCGCCUUCCUGACGCUGCUGCAGUGCCUGAGCAGCGCGGCGGCAGCGCUGGGGCUGGAGGCGCUGCGGCGGCGGGGUCUGGCCGCCCUGCCGCCCUUCGGGCCCCGACUGGCGCGACCCUUCGCCGCCGUGGCCGCCCUGGCCACCCUGCAGUCCACCCUCACUCUCUGGUCGCUGCGCGGGCUCAGCCUCCCCAUGUACGUCGUCUUCAAGCGCUGCUUGCCCCUCGUCACCCUCCUCACCGGCGCCCUGGUGCUCCGCGACGGCAUGCCUUCACCCGGCGUCCUCGUCGCCGUCCUCAUCACCACCUGCGGUGCCGCCUUAGCCGGAGCUGGUGACCUGACUGGGGAUGCUAUGGGCUAUGUGACAGGGGUACUUGCUGUGCUGAUACAUGCUGCCUACCUGGUGCUCAUUCAGAAGACCAGUGUAGAUAGUGAGUACGGACCUCUGACAGCUCAGUAUGCCAUUGCUGUUUCGGCCACUCCUUUUCUCAUCAUCUGCUCCUUUGCCAGUAUGGAUUCCAUCAAUGUCUGGUCAUUCCCAGGGUGGAAGGACCCUGCCAUGGUAUGCAUCUUUAUCGCUUGUGUCCUGAUUAGCUGCGCCAUGAACUUUACUACCCUUCACUGCACUUACAUUAACUCUGCUGUGACCACCAGCUUCGUAGGGGUGGUGAAGAGCAUAGCAACCAUCACGGUGGGCAUGGUGGCAUUUAAUGAUGUGGAGCCCACGAAGUUAUUUAUAGCUGGUGUUGUGGUCAACACCUUGGGGUCUGUCAUUUACUGUGUGGCGAAGUACAUUGAGACCAGACGGCAGAGCAAUUACGAGGACCUGGAGAAAGAAGCUAGAGAAGAGGAGGCCAAAAGGCAGGCUGGGGACCAAGCACUUUUUCAGAUGGAGGCUAUUUCCCCAGAGAAGGGGACUGAGGAAGCAGCAGUGGAAGGAUCAGCCAUAGGGGACAGCCAGAGUGGAGAGGAAGAGAUGGACAGUGCUGAGAAACCUGCCAAGGGACCCGCAGUCGAGUGUGAAGCCACUGGCACACAAGAAGUGAACAGGAGCUUGCUGAAGGAUGCCUAUCUUGGAGUAUGGAGAUUGAUGAGGGGUGCUAAUUAUAUAAAGAAGGAUUACUUGAUAGAAAAUGAAGAGCUACCAAAUCCCUAA